GAAAAAUAGAGCAUGGAGACGAUGGGGGAGAUGGGGGACCCCUGUGGGGCUCCGCAUUCCAGCUCCGUCUCCGGGAGGGUGGUCCCGUAUCCGUUUCGAACAAGAGCCUUGCGGUCGCUCAUGAAGGAGUCGACCCAUUUCACAAAGAGGGGGGGCCAACCUUGUUCCCUGAGUCUGUACACCAGGCGGUUGCGCAUGACGAUGUCGAACGCGCCGGAGAUAUCGAGUGUAAGGAGGGAGAUGACGAGACCCUGGGCCAGGGCGACUUCGGCGUCGUGUAGCAAGCAGGCGACCAGGUCUGUCGCGGACCUUUUUGGGAGAGCCCCGAAAUAUUGUUCUGGCAGUAUUUUGUGUUCCAUCGCUAGGAGGGAGACUCUUCUAGCUAGGAGUCUCUCGAGGCCUUUGCCUAUACAGGAGAGCAGGGAGAUGGGUCUAUAGC